GCGCCUGUAGACGGUUCGAGCUGUCGCACUGACGACGUUUCGCCGCUGCCGCUCGGCUCUGUACACCGCCAACAUGAGCAUUUCAGCCUCAGAGAACGUCUUUCUCUCCGCCCUGCAGCCCAACAGCUCGGUGACAACCUACGGACUGCCGUCAGAAGUGCACCUCGGUGGAACGUCCGGGGACGAGGUGAGCAGAGCCCGGCGGGUCCAGCAGCAGGUCCAGAUGAGACUGGCUCAGAAGUCGACACUUCCGCGUCAGAAUGGGUCCGCGGCUCACUACGCCAUGUCAGACUAUGGCGGCUCUUCCACAAUGAAAUAUCAGACCUAUAAUCCCAAUUACUCUUCCAAGUCCUCCUACAUGUACACAAACUCCAGAACAAUGGGUCCCCGUGUAGCGCAGAGGUCGGGCUUCAGCUCCAAGUCUGCUGGCCCUGACAUGGCCCAGUUUCACAAGAUCAGUGUUAGUGGAGGAGGAGGUGGUGGCGGAUUCAUUAGCGGCGGUGUUGGCAGCGGCGGCGGGGGAAGCACUAUGUAUCGUGAGGAAGUACGGGUCGGGGGCUACCAAGGCAUGACCAGGCCUCGGAUGGAGUCGGAUGCUAUAUCGCUGCAUUCAAUGCCACAACAAAUAAUGCAUGUGAAUCCCUGGAUUAAUGACAACAGUGAUGCCGCCAGCUUGAUGUCAGACCGCGAAGCGACGCUCAACCGCCAGUACACUCAGAGUGGCAUCAAUGGCUACAGCACCCAGAUGAGGCAAGGAGGGAACGCCAUGUCGUCCAUGCACAGAUCCCUAAGCGGCACGCUCGCCCGUGGUGACAGCAUGAUGGGAGGAGGAGGCGGCGGCGAGGUUCAACUGGCCCACCAGCAGUCAUACAAGGGCCCCGCUUUCCGCACCAUCAACAGGAUUAAUAACCGAAACCGCACGAGCAUGGUGUCCAUGACGGGGAGCAUGCAGCGACAGGUGUCUCAAGGUGCAGCCUCCUUCAUGGGAGACAAGGUGGACGGAGGGUUUAUCGCGUCUGGAGUGUCCUCCGGUUCCCAGGGGAACCUGAUGAUGCCCCGUCAAGGCUUGAGCCGGGCCAUGUCAGUCAAAAGCAUUCAAAGUGUCGGCAGAGGAGCCGACAUCUUCCAAACUGACCUGACUGGAAGCAUGGGAAACUUCAGCGGGAUCAACGCUUUGGACAUGGCCACUGCGGUGCAGAACCUGAGAGACCCAGACCCUGAGUUGCAGGUUCUGGGGGCAGCGUACAUUCAACAUGAGUGCUACAAUGACAGUGAUGCCAAAAAUGAGGUGCGGCGCUACAAGGGCAUUGGUGACCUUGUUCGGCUCUUCAACAGUGAAAACCAGGAAGUUCAGCGGUACGCCACGGGUGCCACACGUAACCUGAUCUAUGAGAACAUGGACAACAAGGUGGCGCUCAUUGAAGAGGGUGGCAUCCCUCAGCUGAUGGAGGCGCUGAAGGAGCCUGACCCCGAGCUCCAGAAGAACAUCACUGGUAUCAUGUGGAACCUCUCAUCUAAAGACAACCUGAAGGACAAGCUGGCCAGAGAGGUUCUCCCAGAACUGACCGAGAAGAUCCUCAUCCCUCUGUCGAGCAGCGACGAGUCAGAAGGCAUCAGGCACUCUCCCUCCGAGGCCGACAUCUUCUACAACACCACCGGAUGUUUCAGGAAUCUGAGUUCUGUGAAUGAGAAGACCCGUCAGCGGAUGAGAGAAACACCCGGGCUGGUGGAUUCUUUAGUGAACUACAUCAAGGCUUCACUGGCUGACAGCAAGUCAGAGAACAAGGGAGUGGAAAAUUCAGUCUGUAUCCUGAGGAACCUCUCCUAUCAGCUCUACUCUGAGAUGCCUCCGUCGGCUCUGAACCGCCUUGAAGGCCCCUCCAGAGCUGAGGGGUCUGGGAAGGGAGAAGCCAUCGGAUGCUUCACGCCUCAGAGCAGGAAGGCCAAAAAUAGCAUGAACCAGGAUCUGACCACCUUCUCAGAGGUGUCCCGGAUCCCCAAGGGAGUGGAGUGGCUGUGGCACCCACAGAUCAUCGGCGUGUACAAGCAGGUUUUGACUCAAUGUGAGAUCAACGCUACCACCCGCGAAGCAGCUGCUGGAGCUCUGCAGAACAUCACAGCUGGAGAUAAGAGGUGGGCUUCGGUUCUGAGCCGGCUUUCUCUGGAGCAGCAGAGAGUUCUUCCGGUUCUGUUGGACCUCCUGCGCACCAACAAUGACCUGGAGCUGCGAUCUCUCACGGGUUUCCUCAGAAACCUGUCCCGCCACGCCAGAGACAAGAAUGACAUGGCAACAAAGGUAGUGAACCACCUGGUGACCAAACUCCCAGUGGACGGACACCAGAAGGAGCCAUCCAGCGACGUGGUGGUCAACAUCUGCGGUGUCCUCAACAACCUGGUGACCAGCAGCCCCGUCGCCGCCAGGGACAUCACGUUCUUUGACGGUCUUCCCAAACUCAUCGCCAUCAAGGAGACACAAGACACCAACCAAGGGAAGAUGAAGGCCUCCAAGGCAGCUGCCACAGUCCUCAGCAACAUGUUCCAGUACAAGAAACUACAUAAAGAUUAUAAACAGAAGGGAUACCAGAAGCGGGACUUCCUGGAUGCGACCCUGUAAAAGUGCAAAAGCCAUACGAAUGUAACCAAAAGAUAAAGGACUCAGAAAUGGAUUUCACUUUUGUCAAGGCACAUGAGAGUUCCCAUGAGGGACCAGCUGUGUGCACCUUUACUUGUUUAAACACUGUAUGUUUAGUGUGGAAUCAGGGAUUUUUAUUUGUCUGAAAAGGUAUUCACAAAUAUAUGUACUGAGUGUACUGUAACACUGAAAAACUGUUUUGAAUAUACACGGUCUGUGCCUUCACGUUUCCGCUUGUUCAAAAACAUGAUUGUAAAUACAGCUCUCUCUCUGCUCCAGCAAUGUCCCUUUUAUAUUGUUUUUAUAUGCUCUUUUAUAAACUGUAGCUGCGAAUGUGUGCCAGGAAUGUGUUGUUCGUCAUGAGAAAUGAAUGUAACCAGAACGUGGUUGGGGGGAAAUGUAUAUAUGCUUUGAUUUAGACGGUGAAUUCCCAAGAUCAGUGCUGUACCGGUUCAUGUCAAGUACGAGUUUUUAGACAUUAUUUCUUCUUCGCUUAGAUCAUGUGACAUACAGUAAGGUGCAAGCGUGUGUAAGAGAAGAGUGAGGCAGAACAAAUGUAAUAUUGUGUUUUAAAAGUCUGCAAUGUAAAGUAAUAUUUUUGACCAAAUCUAUUCUCUGCUAACUUUGAUUGUCAUCUGGAUUAUUUUGGCUAAUAAAGAUUUUAAAAUGAG